AUGGCACAUGCUGCCGUAUGGCUUGCUCCUCCUCAUUCGCCUCUCACUCUCCCUCGGACCCUUCCUCCUUUCCCCUUAUUCCCUCUCUCCAUCGUGUCCCCCUCAUCAGGUGGGGGGCGUGCGCACGAGCCGGCGGGGCCAGUACAUGCUGCCAUAUGGUUUCGUCCUCCUCCUCAUCCCCCUCUCACUCUCCCUCGCGCUCUUCCUCCAAAGUUAUCCCACCUCUCUCCAUCGUGUCCCCUUCAUCAGGUGGGGGGCGUGCGCGCGAGCCGGCGGUGUCAGUACAUGCUGCAGUAUGGGGACGGCAGCACCACGGCGGGGGAUGUGCUCUUUGACUCGCUCGCUCUCCACUCCACCUCCAAUAACUCCGCCAACGCCACCAUCGCUUUUGGCUGUGGAGUGCACCAGACGGGGCGCCUCGCGUCGCCCUCCUCCACAGCGUCCCUCAGCGGGGUCAUGGGGCUGGGCCGCGGCCCGCUCUCUAUAGUCACACAGCUGGCAGCACAGGGCGUGCUGCACGAGUCCUUCUCGCUCUGCCUGGAGGGCCGCCAGCGCGGGGGCCACCUCGUGCUGGGGAGGCGGCGCCUGCCCGUUACUAAUGCCACCGUCACUGCUCCCCUCGCACCCUCUGAUGACCUCACUGUGUAUCGCCUACCGCUGCUUGCACUAUACUUCAACCUGAAAACCCCUGCUCCCCUUCCCAAGGCUUCCCAAGGCCACCCCUUCUCACUCCCCUGCUCCCCUUCCGCACCCCCCCCAGCACACACGGUGUACCGCCUGCCUCUGCUGGCGCUCUACCUCAACUGGGCGCCCAUCCCCCUGCCCAACGGCACCACCGCCAUCACCGUCGCCCCGCCCCCACACGGCCUCUCCACGCCCGCCUCUGGCACCUCCUUCUUGGGGGGCGAUGGGGCUGCUGCGGACAUGGGGGGAGGUGGGGGCGCGGGUGACAGUGGCGGGGGGGAUGGGGAGGGCGAUGGCAGCGGGGGCACGGCGGGGGGGUCGCUGCCUACAGGGGCGGUGUCGGGGGGAGCGGUGAUAGACAGUGGGUCGACAUUCACGGCCCUGCCUGCGCCCAUCUUCUCUGCUCUCACCUCCGCUGUCACCAGCCAUCCUUCCGUUUUCUCUUCUUUGGAGAAGGCAGUGAACCAGUCCAUGAGGUGGUCGGGGUUCUUCCGCUGCCUGCGCACGCCCAAACGCAUGUCCAGUGCAGAGCUGGCAUCCACGUACCCGCCUCUCCAGCUCGACUUCUCGGCCAACCUGCUGUGGGCCGUCCCCGCCUACAACUACCUCUUCCACAAGUCAUUGUAUUAUGCGUCUGUGGCAUCGGGUUCUCUCCCUUCAAUGUUGUGCCGCACUCACCUCCUUCCGUCUGGUGGCCUGCUGGCAGGGUCGUGGCUGCGCAACAACGACGUGCUUUUCAACCACGAGAAGAACACGAUUGGAUUCGUGCCCAUGAACUGCACCUCGGGGAAGCUCAUCAACACCACCACCAGUGCUAUCAUCCGCUCCUCCCCUGCCAUCUUUGAAAACCCGCCCGACUACAGCUACGAAUCGCUGCAGCUUCACCCCCAUCCCAUCCAUUCUAGAUUCCUCGCCUUGCACUUCCUCUCGCGCUCCUCCAUCCAUGCUCCUCCAUCCAUGCUCCUCCAUCCAUGCUCCUCCAUCCAUGCUCCUCCAUCCACCCUCCUGCUCCCUUUAGCGCCUCCGCCCCCGCUCUCCUCUUUUCCUCCCAUCUCUCUGCUCUCCAUCUCACAAGACCAUGCAUCUUUCCCGCAUAUCACACUCCUUUCACUCACACCACCUGCAGUCACACUCUCUGAAAUGCCACUCAUCAAGUGA